AUGUCGGGUAAGCAGAUCGGCGGAGACGGAUGUUUACCGGCAAAUCUCGCCGGAAUGACUAAGAGUCAGCUCUACGAUAUUAUGUCUCAAAUGAAGGCGCUGAUUGAUCAAAACCACCAACAAGCGAGAGAGAUUCUGAUUCGUAACCCUCUUUUGACGAAGGCUCUUUUCCAGGCACAAAUCAUGCUCGGAAUGGUUCAGCCUCCACAAGUGAUUCCGAAAGUUGAGCCACAAGUCGUGCAACAACCUCAACAAUCCAUCCCGCCGAAGCCAAACGUUCAAGCUUAUAUGUCUUCUGUUCAAGGCGGAGGUGGCUUACAAGAGCCAGCAGCUACAAUGCAGCCACAAGCCCCGAUUAGAAAACACCCAACGCCACAACCAAUGCCUAUCCUUCCACCUCCGCCUCCUGUUUCUGCAAUCAAUAAUGCUCCAUCGAAGCCUCGUUUUUCACAUCCCCAGCGUCAAGGACAUUUGAAUCCUGCUGUCACUUCUUUGUCUCAUCCACAGUCUUCUCAAGUUCAAACCGCGCCUCCUCCGGUUUCCCUUCAUCAGACAUCCCAACAACCUCCUUUUCAUCAUCUUGAUAUACCAGCUUCCUCGACUCAGGUGCAACAACAACCAAUGCACUCGGGUGGAGGUCCUCAUAUGGCUCAACAACAGCCUAGACCAUAUCAUCAUCAAUAUGGACCAUCCCAGACUGGUCCAAGCCCUGGGUUUCAGCACCAUAGUGCACCUCCUCAGCAUCUUUCUCAACCCAUGUUUCAUCCAAGCAACAGACCCCCUGCUUCUGGUGGACCUCAGUUCACGCAGGGUCAGCCACCUUACCAGAUAAUAAAUAAUCUAAAUGGAAAUUGUGCAUUGUUUCAGGGAGGAGGUCAAUUUCGUGGAGACUACACCAAUAAUCAAUUAGGAGGCCCGAUGGCUGCAGACAGAGGAGGUCCUUCUUGGAUGGCUGGCCAAUCAGAGAGCUCAAAUAUUACUCAUCUCCCAGGGUUAGGACCGGUUCCUCCACCAAGCCAAGUUGGCCCUGGAGGUGGCCCACCAGCUCGCCCUGCACCGAUAUCUGCAGAGAUGGAGAAGGCAUUGCUUCAACAGGUGAUGAGCUUGACCCAAGAACAGAUCAAUCUGCUGCCACCGGAACAGAGAAAUCAAGUCUUUCAGCUUCAACAAAUUCUCCGGCAGUGA